AUGGCGCGCCUCUUUUAUUUGUGGGUGGUGUGGCUUCUGUCCACGUUGGCCGAUCCCAUUCCCGAUGGAGUCCUGGACAUGGAUUGCCACGAUCGUUCCUUCGUGAUAGCCGUGGACCUCUCGUUCGCCGGGGAUGAUGCUCGCUUCGAGGCUGUCGAUGGGACGGGAGCGUACGCCGUCGCUGAGCCGUACGCGGCCAAGUGUGGCUAUAGCGUCACCAUCUCCCCAUUGAGUGGUCGCAUGGAGUUGCGUGCGUCCUACUUUAGCUGUCACACACAGACGAAGGACGAUAAGGAGUUCGGAUUCAGCUUCAACCUGUUGGUGAGGCGCGACGGCGACGUAGCCUACGGACUGAACAAGACCUGCUCACCAUCCCUGGAGUGGGCUCCACGAGAGGUGUGCUGUGAGCUCAACUACAUGGAGGUGUCCAUGAAGAGCGAAAUCCCGUGUGGUGCCGGGGAGAAGGACGACUGGAAUGUUCUCGGACAUGUGAAUGGCUGGUCUACUUUGGGUUGGCAGGUGGUGUUCCAGAGAGAUGAGGAGCAGCUGGAACCGAUGAGCAUCUCGGACGCCCGUGAGCAAGGGUACAUGUUUGCGCUGACCCACCAGAGGCUGGUGUUCCGCACACCCUAUGGACAGACGGAUUCGUUCAUGGCCAUGGUGGAUGACAUCCCUGUGGAGGUGGUCCAGGCCACUCUGUUCUCCAGACAACGCUGGUUGGUCAUCAUGGUGGACGUCGCGGCCACCUGCUCCAUGCAUCAAGGUGCUUACGAAGACAGUGGCCACCUGAUUUUCAGGACUCCGGGGGAACCUUAUCCAGGUCCUGAUGUCGCGAGAGUUCGGGUUGGAUUCAACGAAGGCCUUUUUGAGAACGGCGACGUUGUGACCGAGAACGGCACGGUUCAGAUUAGCAUCCCGUUAGAUGCCAAGGGCGGACUCAGGAAGAGCUUUGUGAGCGAUGACCUUUACGAGUUCUACACCUUCCACCUCUACCUGGAGCAAAUGUUUGAGGACGAAGGGGCCGAGACCAGGCUGCGACUUCACCGGACGCUGAGCACACCCAUGUUGCUGCGGCCUCUGUUUACCCAGAACCGAAGUAUUGUGGAAGAGCGCCUCUUUCAGGUCUACCUAGGCGACGUACCCCAGGACGUCCGCUUGGUUUUGCUUCGGCUCAACGGCCGCGAGGCGCUCCACACCAACUCGUGUUCCGUCGCCGAUAUCACGCAAGCCGCUCACGGCCACGGUUACUUGCUGAACGUCUCUUUUGACCACCCUGCUGUCACUCAGCAGUACUACGAAACAUACGGAACGGUGCAAUACAAAUUGGACAUCAACUACACGCUGAGUGUUCUUCCCGAAAACGAGCCCUAUUUCUACUUUGUGAGCGUCACGGCUCUGGCUGGCCCCUCUCCUCCAGUCCUGGAUGCGGUUUGCUCAGAGUCAGGCAUCAGCUUCAGCGCAGACCACCGGGGCUUUGGCUUCCUGUGGUCCAUCGUGGUGGGCUCUGACACGCUGACCCCAGAGCUGGCAGCUCGGCGGGGCUACAAGAUGAGCAAUGCCAGUCAGAAACUGCAGCUGGAUGUGCCAGUCUACUCGCAGGGCUUCCGUUAUAAGGACAUCACUUUGGAAAGCUUCUCGGGCACUUUUGAAAUCCAUGUGAAAGACCGUCAAACUGGGUCUGUUCAAAAAUCUGCUUCCAAGACUUGUCCUUUUGUGACCUCAGAACUUAUUGUGUGUUCCACUGACGGGACGAUGACCGUGGCGGCAGAUUUAUCUCGGAUGACUCCCGGCGGUGCAAGCCCAUUGACAAGCAACUUACUGGACAGUUCGUGCGGCCCUGCAGAAGCUGAUGAAACCAGGGCACUUUUCUCUUUCCCGCUCAAUAGCUGUGGAUCCAAAGUCAAGCUCCGACAUGGCAAUGUGAUCUAUCGAAAUGAGAUUUUCUACAGCAAGAAUGUGUCUGAGGAUGUUGAUGAGAGUGAAGGGAUUGAGUGUACACUCUUACUUCUCAGGUUGAUGGUGCAGUGCAAGUAUCCUUUGGAAGGCUUGCACAAGCUUUUCUCCAUGUACAGGUUUGAGUCGGACGACCCGGGUAUAGGUAGCAUGGGCUUCAUCAAGCGGCUCGCGGCAGGAAUCAGCACUACUCCUCUUAGUGGUCUCGUCACGUCAACCAUAGCGGCUCCGACGACGCCCAUGGCUGGAAGAAGCAGAAGUGGCGCUCCGAUCCGAAAGCAUUUGGGGUCCAAUCCUGCGGUGCGCUACGUCUGGGUGUCUAAACAGAGCAAACCUCACCCUAAUGCCAAAAAAGGUUGA